AUGCUGAAGAGAAUUCAAGUCAAAUAUAAGCAGAAUAGCAGCAAGAAGAAUCACAAGAUGAUUGAGGAUAAAGUUAUUGAACAGCUGAUGGCCAAGCAAUUUGCCAAGAGUAAGUCAAAGAAGUACUAUAAGCACCAGCUCAUGAUCUCUCAGCAAAAGAAGAGAGAGAAGAAGAAGAAGCAUCAUCAAGAAGAGAUUACAGAAAUCAAGAAUAAAGCUUGA